AUGUCAGACCACUUCUUCGAACACCCCAUCCUUAAUUCGCCGUACGAGAUCCCCAACCGGCAUUGGGAGUUGGAUCAGUCGGGCCAGCCGACGCAGCAAAUUGUCGACGAUCGGCGGAAGGCGGAGUUCAUCACUCCAAUUCCUAAGCCGCGGAAGGUUAAGCCGAAGGGGAAACAGCAGAAGGAGUUGGUCCUCGACGAGGGCAAGGGCCUUUCGAGCAAGGGACAGGCUUACGACCCCACCUCAAUCAUCAACGAGAUCCGGCGUUAUGUCGGUGAAUGGCGAACCAUCCCUGACCCCGGCAAGUGGCAGGUAACCCCCGAGACGGCUCGGCUGCUGCAACAUUGGCGGCACCAUCCAUUCAGCAGCAUUCGUCCCUUCUUCUGCCAGGUUGAAGCGGUCGAAACGGCCAUCUGGCUCGCCGAGGUCGCUCCAAAGCUGGGCAAGGCCGGUAAGAAGAUCCUCGACCACUUGGAAAACGCCAACGCCGAGGCGAACCCCGAGCUGAUGCGGAUCGCCCUGAAGCUCGCUACCGGGGCCGGCAAGACUACCGUCAUGGCCAUGCUCAUUGCCUGGCAGACGGUCAACGCGGUUCGCAGGCCCAGCAGCAAGAAGUUCACCCGAGGCUUCCUCAUCGUCGCUCCCGGGCUUACUAUCCGCGACCGUCUGCGGGUUCUUCAACCCAACGACCCAGACAGCUACUACAAGCACCGCGAGAUGGUCCCCAGCGACAUGCUGGGCGACAUCGGCAAGGCCAAAAUCGUGGUCACCAACUACCAUGCCUUCAAGCUCCGCGAACGAACCGACGUUUCCAAGGGCACCCGGGCCGCCCUGGAAGGCUGGCGCGAAGAGAAGCUCGAAACGCUCGAAACCGAAGGCCAGAUGCUCCAGCGAGUCAUGCCCGACCUGAUGGGUAUGCACAGCGUCAUGGUGAUGAACGACGAGGCCCACCACUGCUAUCGGGCUAAGGUCGGCGACGACGAGGAAGGCCAACUCAAGGGCGACGAACGCAAAGAGGCCGACAAGAACCGCGAGGCCGCUCGGCUCUGGAUCAACGGUCUCGAAGCCGUGAAUCGCAAACUCGGCGUUACCCGCGUGAUGGAUCUCUCUGCUACUCCCUUCUUCCUUCGCGGUUCGGGCUACGCCGAGGGCACGUUGUUCCCGUGGACCAUGAGCGACUUCUCCCUGAUGGAUGCCAUCGAGUGUGGGAUCGUCAAGCUGCCCCGCGUCCCGGUGGCCGAUAACAUCCCGGGCAAGGACAUGCCCAUCUAUCGCAACCUCUGGGAGCACAUCAGCAAAGACAUGCCCAAGAAGGGCCGAGGCAAGGCUGAGGGGCUCGAUCCGCUUAAAAUUCCAACACUUCUAAAGAGUGCGUUGGAGGCGCUUUACGGCCACUACCAGAGGACCUUCGAGCUGUGGAAGGACGGCGGCAUCAAAGUCCCUCCUUGCUUCAUCAUCGUUUGCAACAAUACCUCGGCCUCAAAACUAGUAUAUGACUACGUGUCUGGUUUUUAUCGAGAACAACCCGAUGGAACUACUACAUUGGAGAACGGCCGGUUGCCGCUUUUUCGUAAUUUCGACGAGGACGGCAAGCAACUCGCCCGCCCGAACACACUGCUCAUCGACAGCCAGCAGCUAGAAUCCGGAGAAGCACUCGACAAGAAAUUCCGCGAAAUGGCCUCCGAUGAGAUUGAGCGGUUUAGAAAAGAGAUCAUCGAACGCACUGGCAAUCGCGAGCAAGCUGACAACAUCAGCGAACAAGACUUGCUCCGCGAAGUAAUGAACACCGUCGGCAAACAGGGCCGGCUUGGGGAGUCGAUCCGCUGCGUCGUCUCUGUGUCGAUGCUCACCGAGGGUUGGGAUGCAAACAACGUCACCCACGUGCUCGGCGUUCGGGCCUUUGGCACCCAGCUUCUUUGCGAACAAGUCAUCGGUCGAGCCUUGCGCCGCCAAUCCUACGACUUGAACGAGGAAGGUUUCUUCAACACUGAAUACGCCGACGUGCUCGGCAUUCCCUUCGACUUCACCGCCAAACCGGUUGUCGCCCCACCGCAAAAGCCACGGGAGACGGUCCAGGUCAAAGCCGUUCGGCCCGACCGCGACCAUCUGGAGAUUCGUUUCCCUCGCGUCGAGGGCUAUCGGGUCGAGCUACCCACCGAACGGCUCGAUGCCGAGUUCACCGAGAACUCCACUCUGGUCCUUACACCCGAACUCACCGGUCCUUCUGAAACGAAGAACGCUGGCAUCAUCGGGCAGGACGUUGACCUCAGCCUCGAACACACCAAAGACAUGCGGCGCAAGACGCUUGUCUAUCACCUGACUAAGCAUCUCCUGUUCACCAAAUGGCGCGACCCUGGAGAUGAUCCCAAGCUGUCGCUGUUUGGUCAGCUCAAACGCAUUACCGAGCGAUGGUUGGACGAGUGCCUCGAAUGUAAGGGCGGAACCUAUCCGGCCCAGCUUCGAUACCAGGAGCUGGCCGACAUGGCCUGCGAGCGAAUCACGGCGGCCAUCACCCAGAAACUCAGCGACGAUUGCCCGAUUAAGGCCGUGCUCGAUCCCUACAACCCAGUCGGCUCAACGAACUUCGUCAACUUCAACACGUCGAAAGAGCAUCGCUGGGAAACCGACUCCCGUAAGUGCCACGUCAAUUGGGUGGUGCUCGAUAGCGAUUGGGAAGCCGAGUUCUGUCGCGUGGCCGAGUCGCACCCGCAAGUCAAAGCCUAUGUGAAGAACCACAGCCUGGGCUUCGAGGUGCCUUAUAAGCACGGUUCCGAAUCGCGGCACUAUCGCCCCGACUUUAUCGUGCUGGUCGACGAUGGUCAUGGCGAAGACGAUCUGCUCCACCUGGUCGUCGAGGUGAAGGGCUACCGCGGCGAGGAUGUCAAAGAUAAGCACAACACGAUGGACUCUUAUUGGAUUCCCGGCGUCAACCGCCUGGAGUCCUUCGGCCGCUGGGCGUUCGUCGAACUCGCCGACGUAUUCGAGAUGGAGACAGACUUCGAAGCUAAGGUCGAAAGCAAAUUCAACGACAUGAUCGAUUCGGUGACCCAGCAGGAUGCCUCGCGGCGGAACCUGCCGACGGCUGAGAUGCAGUCGGUGAUGGGGGAUGAGGAUAAGAGCCCGAUUCGGGUGGCUUACGAACGGCGGAACCGCGACUUGGACCCGCAGCUUGUGUGGCGGGGGAAGGACGAGCAGGACUGGUCCGACCUGGUGGUCAACGCCCCGCCGCUCUACAUCCAGGAGAAGGUUCACCCCAAGGUGCUCAUCGACGAUCUGCUGCGUCGCACCAAAGACGCCGAGGAAUCGUCGAAGCCCCUGCAUCAGCUCGACCUGUUCGCCGACUUCAACGGGCUGCCCGCCGAGGCCCGCAGCACCGAGUUCUACGAGCACGAUGCCAACUGGACCAACCGCAUGAUCCUGGGCGACAGCCUGCAGGUGAUGGCCUCACUGGCCGAACGCGAGGGUCUCCGCGGCCAGGUGCAGUGCAUCUACAUCGACCCACCCUACGGCAUCAAGUUCAACUCCAACUUCCAGUGGUCCACCACCAGCCGCGACGUGAAAGACGGCAAGGCCGACCACAUCACCCGCGAGCCGGAACAGGUGAAGGCGUUUCGGGAUACUUGGCGGGAUGGGAUUCAUUCUUAUUUGACUUAUCUGCGGGACCGGCUGACUGUGGCAAGGGACCUGCUGAGUGAUUCAGGGUCGAUCUUCGUUCAAAUCGGUGACGAGAAUGUGCAUCGGAUUCGAGCCUUGAUGGAAGAGAUAUUUGGCGACGAAAACUUCUUAUCCCUAAUAUCCGUAUCGAAAACAACAUCCUCGACCAACGACUACUUGUCGGGCGUUGCCGACUACGUUCUCUGGUUCGGUAAAAACAGGGAAGUUACCAAAUACCGGCAGCUUUACAAUUUGAAGCUGGUUGGCGAGAGUGGGGCCAGUCACUAUUCCAGCGUUCUGUGUCCUGACGGCACGCGACGCAGAGCGUCUCCUCAGGAGAAAGCUGGGUCUGUUCCACUGAAGGAAGGUGAGGUCUUCUAUACAUCCUCCGAUCUACAGUCUGCGAGCAUGGGACGUGAAAAAGGCGAGGGAGCAGCUUCAUGGUUCCCUGUAGAAGUUGCAGGUAGGACUUAUCGCCCAACGAUGCAGACGCGUUGGAAAACAAGCGAAUUGGGCAUGGAGCGGCUGAAGUUCGCUGGACGUGUAAUGCCAUUAAAGUCUUCGAUUCGAUACCUUCGGCGUAUUGAUGAUUUCGCCGCCUACUCAAUUCAUAACAUUUGGGAUGAUCUCGGGGGUGCAACAGACAAGCGAUAUGUGGUUGAGACAGCGCCGCGACUCAUUGCUCGUUGCAUGCUAAUGGCAACUGACCCUGGCGACCUGAUUAUUGAUCCAACUUGUGGAUCCGGCACAACUGCGUACGUCGCCGAACAAUGGGGACGCCGCUGGAUCACAAUCGACACUUCGCGCGUAGCCCUCACUUUGGCUCGCGCCCGAAUCAUGGGUGCGCGUUACCCCUAUUUCCUGCUGACUGACAGCAAGGGAGGUCAGAAGCAAGAAGCCGAACUUUCCCGCUCGGAACCAAGCACCGCACCUGUAAGUGGCAACAUUCGUCACGGCUUCGUGUACGAGCGUGUGCCACAUAUAAUGCUUGGCUCCAUCGCCAACAACAGCGAGAUCGACGUCAUCUGGGAAAAGUACCAAGAGAAGCUUGAACCGAUCCGCACCGACCUGAACAAAGCCGCGGGUCAGAAGUGGGAAGAGUGGGAGAUCCCUCGAGAGGCAGGCGAGGAUUGGUCGGCCGAGGCCCGCAAGUUACACAAGCGGUGGUGGGAGUAUCGCAUCGCCCGUCAGAAGGAGAUCGACGCCUCGAUCGCGGCCAAGGCCGACUACGAGUAUCUGUACGACAAGCCGUACGAGGACAAGAGCAAGGUUCGCGUGGCGGGGCCCUUCACCGUCGAGAGCGUCUCGCCGCAUCGCGUGCUGGCCAUGGACGAGGACGACGAGCUGAUCGACCCCAUGCUUGCUGCAAGCAAACAGACCACCGGCGAAGAUGAUUUCAUGCAGAUGGUGCUGGAGAACCUGAAGACCGCCGGGGUGCAGCAGGCCCACAAGGAAGACAAGAUCACGUUCACCUCGCUGUCGCCCUGGCCCGGCCACUACGUCUCGGCCGAAGGACGCUACACUGAAGGCGACGACGAGAACGCCCCCGAGAAACGAGCCGGCAUUUUCAUCGGCCCCGAGUUCGGCACCGUGGCCCGCGAAGACCUGGUUCGCGCGGCCCGCGAGUGCGGAGAUGCCGGCUUCGACGUGCUGAUCGCCUGCGGGUUCAACUACGACGCUCAAAGCUCGGAGUUCGCCAGCCUGGGCCGCAUCCCAAUCCUCAAGGCCCGCAUGAACGCCGACCUGCACAUGGGCGCCGACCUGAAACAAACCGACAAGGCCAACCUGUUCGUCAUCUUCGGCGAGCCCGACAUCGAGAUCCUGCCGGUUGACGGUAAAGGGAGCGACAACGACCAGGUGCAGGUCAAGAUCAACGGUGUCGACGUCUUCCACCCCAACACCGGCGAGGUCCACAGCCACGGAGCCGACGGCAUCGCCUGCUGGUUCAUCGACACCGACUACAACGAAGAAAGCUUCUUCGUCCGCCACGCGUACUUCCUAGGCGCCAACGACCCCUACAAGUCCCUCAAGACCACCCUCAAAGCCGAAAUCAACCAGGAAGCCUGGGAAACCCUGAACAGCGACACCUCAAGACCAUUCAACAAGCCCAAGAGCGGCAGGAUCGCCGUGAAGGUGAUCAAUCACCUGGGGGACGAAGUGAUGAAGGUGUUUCGGGUGGAGUGA